GGGUCCAGAGCCCCGUGCCCAUCCCUGGCACACAGGCCUGGGUGGAUGCUCGUCCACUUCUGCUUUUCUCCAGCUCUGAGGCCUAGGCCUGGGGUGCCACUGCGGUCGCCGGCUUGCACACGCCCGGGCUCUGGACGCCUCUUGCUUCUUGCACUGCACUCCGGGGAGGCUGGAGUUUAAUCACACAAACAGUGUCCGGCUUCCUGUCCUCGUCUGCCCCCCUCCGGCCCGCUUCCCUGGCCCCUCCCUCUCCCCUGGCCCGCAGGAGCCUUCUCAGGAGGAGCUGACAGCAGAGGACCACCAGGAGCCCCCUGAACUGAAUCCCCAGACAGAGGGAAGCCAGGACGGGGUGCCUUUCUUGGAACGACUAGUCCGGCCUCGAAGAAGUGCUCCUAAGGGCCGGAAAGUGCGAGCUCGAAGAGCUAUCGCAGCCCAUUAUGAAGUUCAUCCACGGCCAGGACAGGAGGGAGCACAGGCAGGUGUGGAUGGGACAGUGAGUGGCUGGGAAGAGGCCAAAAUAAACAGCUCCAGCCCUCUGCGCUAUGACCGCCAGAUUGGGGAAUUUACAGUCGUCAGGGCUGGGCUCUACUACCUUUACUGUCAGGUGCACUUUGAUGAGGGGAAGGCCGUCUACCUGAAACUGGACUUGCUGGUGGAUGGUGUGCUGGCCUUGCGCUGCUUGGAGGAGUUCUCGGCUACAGCAGCAAGCUCCCCUGGACCCCAGCUCCGCCUGUGCCAAACAGAACUGCAAAGCCUGAGGAAGGAGGUGAGCCGGCUGCAGCGGAGUGGAGGGCCUUCCCAGAAGCGUGGAGAAUCUCCAUGGCAGAGCCUCUGGGACCAGAGCCCUGAUGUCCUGGAAGCCUGGGAGGAUGGGGAGAAAUCUAGGAGAAGGAGAGCAGUGCUCACCCAGAGGCGCAAGAAGAAGCACUCAGUUCUGCAUCUUGUUCCCAUUAACUUUACCUCCAAGGUGGACUCUGAUGUGACAGAGGUGAUGUGGCAACCAGCUCUCAGGCGUGGGAGAGGCCUGGAGGCCCAAGGAUACGUUGUCCGAGUCUGGGACACUGGAAUUUAUCUGCUAUAUAGCCAGGUCCUGUUUCAUGAUGUGACUUUCACCAUGGGUCAGGUGGUUUCUCGGGAAAGCCAAGGGAGCCAGGAGACUCUAUUCCGAUGUAUCCGAAGUAUGCCCUCGGAUCCUGACCGUGCCUACAAUAGCUGCUACAGUGCAGGUGUCUUUCAUUUACAUCAAGGGGAUAUUCUCACUGUCAAAAUUCCACGGGCAAAUGCAAAACUUAGCCUUUCUCCGCACGGAACCUUCCUGGGGUUUGUCAAACUAUGACUGUGCUAUAAAAGGGGGUUCUGAACUGAGAAGAGCAGUAUGGGUCUAUACUGGAGACUGCGAGAACUGGCUAGACAAAGGACAAGCAAAUGGGCAAGAACCGCUCUACUUGGGUUUGAAUUCAUGACUCUUGUUCCUCCCUUUGCCUUUCCCGCCCCCACUCCCUGGGAUUUACUUAAAGGAUAUUAAAACGGCAGAAGAUUUUGCAUUUAUGUCCCUCCCA